AUGCCGGCAGAAAUUGAUAUCGAUGAAGCUGACGUAUUAGUUUUAUCUCAAGGAUUGCAGAAAACAAGUAAGCUCACCUUCCAGAUUAAUAAAUCAUUGCAGAAAAUUGCGGCUACGUCGAGUCAAUCCAGUCAACUCUUUACUCCAAUUUUAGCUAGAAACAAUGUUUUAACUACAUUGCAAAGAAAUAUAGAGAGUACUUUGAAUUCCGUUGCCUCCGUAAAGGAUCUAGCCAAUGAAGCCUCUAAAUAUGAAAUUAUCUUACAAAAGGGUAUUAAUCAGGUUGGAUUGAAGCAAUACACACAAGUGAUACACAAAUUGGAUGAUAUGUUGGAAGAUAUCCAGUCUGGCCAAGCAAAUCGGGAAGAGAACUCGGAAUUCCAUGGGAUUUUAACACAUUUAGAAGAACUGAUCAAGAGUAGCGAAGCUCAACUGAGAAUAUACUUCAUUUCAAUCUUAAACAGUAUUAAACCAUUUGAUCCUCAGAUCAACAUCAACAAAAAGAUGCCGUUUCCUUACUAUGAAGACCAACAGUUGGGUGCUCUUUCUUGGAUCCUAGAUUAUUUCCACGGAAAUUCAGAAAGUUCUACUAUACAAGACAUGCUUGUCGGUGAGAGAAGUAAACUGAUCCUCAAAUGUAUGGCAUUCCUUGAGCCGUUUGCUAAGGAAGUCACCACCACUAAAAAUGCUCCAUACGAAAAGGGCAGCAGUGGAAUGAAUAGUUAUACAGAGGCAUUAUUGGGUUUCAUCGCUAGUGAGAAGUCACUGGUGGACGAUUUGUACUCACAAUACAUAGAUAUCAAACCUCAGGUGCUAUCGCAGAUUUUGUCGCCAUUAAUAAGUGCCUAUGCCAAACUUUUUAAUACAAAUUUGAAGAUUGUACGAAGCAAUCUUGAAAAUGUGGGGUUUUUUAGUUUUGAAUUAGUCGAAAGCAUAAAUAGUGUGAAAAAAACACUUCGAGGCAAAGAAUUACAAAACUAUAAUCUAUUACAAGAAUGUACUCAAGAAGUACGUCAAGUUACCCAAUCUCUAUUUAGGGACGCUAUAGAUAGGAUUUUAAAAAAGGCAAACUCCAUUUCAACUAUUCCUUCUAAUAACGGUGUUACUGAAGCAACCGUGGAUACCAUGUCAAGAUUGAGAAAGUUUAGUGAGUACAAAAACGGUUGUUUAGGGGCCAUGGAUAAUAUUACACGUGAAAAUUGGUUACCUGCCAACUACAAAGAAAAGGAAUACACUUUACAAAAUGAGCAAUUGAACUGGGAGGAUCACAAUGUAUCAUUAUCGUGUUUUGUGAGUGACUGUAUAGACACAUUGGCGGUUAAUCUUGAGAGAAAAGCACAAAUAACGUUGAUGCCCAAUCAGGAGCCAGAUGUGGCUAAUCCGAAUAGCACACGGAAUAAGCACAAGCAACGUAUUGGUUUCUUUAUUUUAAUGAACUUGACGCUUGUCGAACAGAUUGUGGAAAAAUCUGAACUAAACUCAAUGUUGGCUGCAGAAGGUCACGCAAGGUUAGAAAGGUUGAAAAAACGCUACGUUAGUUAUAUGGUAUCUGACUGGAGAGAUUUGACUGCAAAUUUAAUGGAUGCAGUUUUCAUCGAUAGUAGUGGUAAGAAAUCAAAGGAUAAAGAACAAAUUAAGGAAAAGUUCAGAAAAUUCAACGAAGGUUUCGAGGAUUUAGUAUCGGGGACAAAGCAGUACAAACUAUCCGAUCCGUCGAUGAAGGUAAUUCUAAAAUCAGAAAUCAUCUCAUUGGUUAUGCCCAUGUAUGAAAGAUUCUAUAGCAGAUAUAAAGACUCUUUCAAAAAUCCUAGAAAGCACAUCAAAUAUACUCCCGAUGAAUUGACAACUGUUCUGAAUCAAUUAGUCAGGUAG